UUCAGGCUGGCUCGCGCUACGGAAUAGAGGAGCACGGAGGUGCCCUUGGGCGCGUGGGCAGCCGCGUGGGGUGGCUUCUGCAGUCCCGAGGAGCGUCCCGGGGGUGAGCUCCGCGGAGAGCAGCCGAGGCGGAGGGACGCCCCAGCGCGGGGCUUGUCGGAUGGAAGUGCAGGACGGUUCGGGCGGGCUCCGGUCCCGGGCGUUGCUGCCUCGUUGCCUAAAGCUGACACCCCGCGGGCGCUGCUGGGUGCUGCCGACGGUUGUGCUUUGCGCCUACGGCUUCUUCGCCAACUUGCGUCCUUCGGAGCCCUUUCUGACCCCUUACCUGUUGGGCCCGGACAAGAACCUCACUGAGACUCAGGUCUUCAAUGAGAUUUAUCCAGUAUGGACCUACUCUUAUCUGGUGCUGCUAUUCCCUGUCUUCCUGGCAACCGACUAUCUCAGAUACAAGCCUAUAAUCCUCCUGCAAGGACUCAGCCUCAUAGUGACAUGGUUUAUGCUGCUCUAUGCCAAAGGACUGCUGGCUAUUCAAUUCUUGGAAUUCUUCUAUGGAGUGGUGACUGCAACAGAGAUUGCCUAUUAUUCCUACAUCUAUAGCAUUGUAGACAUAGCCUUGUACCAGAAGGUCACCAGCUACUGUCGAAGCGCUGCCCUUGUAGGUUAUACAGUGGGCUCAGUCUCGGGACAAGUCUUAGUGUCUGUCGCUGGCUGGUCUCUGUUCAGUUUGAAUGUGGUCUCUCUCACCUCUGUUUCUGUUGCCUUUGCCAUGGCUUGGUUUUUGCCCAUGCCGCAGAAAAGUCUCUUUUUUCACCAUCGCUCAAGCCCCCAGGUCAGUAAGGAAACAAAGACUGUAGAUUGUAAAAAUGGAGCAGUUGUCCAGGAUGAUCCUGCCUUAAAGAGGGUUUCUGGGUGGGAAGAACUUGAAUCGAAGGUUCCCCUAAAUGGAGAAGAGCAUCCUCCAGAACAGCAGGGCCAAAAAGUGGACAUCGUCAAGGUUAUCAAAGAGCUCUGGAAGGACUUCCUGCAGUGUUACUCUUCACAGCCUCUGCUCUGUUGGUCCGUGUGGUGGGCUCUGUCGACAUGUGGCUACUUCCAGAUCAUAAACUAUGUUCAAGGCUUGUGGGAGCUGGUGCAACCUUCUCAGAACUCUGAGAUCUAUAAUGGAGGCGUAGAGGCUGUUUCCACACUGUUGGGAGCAGUGGCUGUCUUUAUCGUGGGCCACAUAAAAGCAUCUUGGACUACCUGGGGUGAGAUAGCCUUAGCACUGUUCUCUCUCUUCAUUGCUGGUUCUGUUUAUAUCAUGGACACAGUCCGAAACAUCUGGGUGUGCUAUGCUUCCUAUGUUAUAUUCCGAAUUAUCUAUAUGCUGCUCAUCACCAUUGCAACGUUCCAGAUUGCUACAAAUUUAAGCGUUGAGCGCUAUGCCCUGGUGUUUGGUAUCAAUACUUUCAUCGCCCUGGCACUACAGAGCCUGCUUACAUUCAUUGUAGUUGAUUCAAAAGGGCUUGGGUUGGAUAUAUUUACACAGUUCAUGAUCUAUGCUGGUUAUUUUGCUGCCAUCUCAGCAGUGUUUUUGAUCAGUGGCACAUACAGUAUUGUCAAGAAUUACCGGAGACGAGGAGAGAUGACAGAGGAAGCUGUGGCAAGCAUUGCUUAGAAUGCAGAUAUGGACUUUGCACCUGUGUAAGAAGGAAGAGGGGCUGUGUUUUAAACAUGCUGCUUUUUUAUUGUGUUCAAAUGUGGUUAUCUGAAUUGCACUUGACUUACAGUCAUACUAUAUGACCAGCAUAAACUACAAGCAGAAUGUAUUUAAUGAUACCUUGUGUAAAUAAGAAUGCUUAUAUAUGAAACUGUCCUGAAACAAGACCUUUUUUGGGGGUCAGAACUACAUGUCUGAGAAGUCCAAAGUACUGUUGACUGUUUUCUUGCCUUCCAAGACCUGCUCGCCAUGAAAUGACUUUUGGAAAGUAGAUAUGUGUGUGACUAACUAGCCUGGUAUAUGUUGGAUCCAUGCAGUUAGUAGGCAAGGUCUGAUGCAGCUGAAGAACUGUGGGUUGAUGGUGAAAAACUGCAAUAAGAUACUUGUCAGUCAAGGUUGAAAAGAAUUGCCCAGAAGUGUUAAGUGCAAUUUUUAUUAACACUAAAUAUAUUUUCCAUACAUACGCACAAACGUUUUCCACAUGGUGACAUGUCCUGUGUUGUCUGACUCCUGUUACUCAUUUAAAGGCUUAGCUUUCUUUUGAUUACACUUGCUUGUCCAGCUUAAAUAGAUCCAUUCGCCUAGUGGCUUUGUUGACAUUCUUAGUACAUUUUAAUUUGUACAGAAUGAGGCAUAGGGAGCACAAGAUGCAAACCUGUGUUCAGGUUUUGUUUUCCUUCAUUCAGCUCCUCAGAGUCAGGACUUUGACCUCUAAAGACUUGCUUUUCAGCUGUUGACAGCAGGUUUCACACUGACUGAGAGAAAAAACUGACAGCAAUUUGUGUGUGUGAGUGUAAUGGAAUAAGUCACAUGUGCUUCUUGUAUUUUACAGCACUGGACAGGAAGGUCACUCUGAUGAUGGUCAUGUUUAGUUUCUCCUCAGCAAACGAGAUAGCUAGGUAUAUAUUUUCUGUGAAUGUAUUUAGGCUGAACUCCUUGAGGCUCCGUUAGAUGUUUUAAACAGUUAUAGCCUUUUACUCAGGAAAGGACAAGACAGGGUUAGGGUUAGACAGGUUUUUAACCGUAGCCUUAAUAUUUUGUCCACCCUUCCUUUAUAAGGCAGAGGAUUUCACACAAAGAGGCUGUUGUAUGGUUUGUAUUUGUAGAUAGCUUGGAGAGGGGACUGCUGCUAACAAAACUACAUGUUUCCUUCCCCUUCAUUUUUAAUUGCUUUGGGCUCAUUUGCUUCCCAUUAAGUUAGAGAGUUGAAUAAGCCAUGACAAGUUCUUGAGGUUUCCAGCUAAUAACAACUUUCAGAGGUCUGCUGUGCAGUGUUCUUGGCUGCAUGAUACCAUGAGAAGAAAAUAGGAAGAGUGAGCAGACUACUUGAUCAGAGCAUGUGAAGUUAUGUCAGACUUUUAAAUGGGUUCAAUUUUAAUCAUUAUAAUUGCUGGAUUUGCAGGUACAAGUCUGGUAUGUAUAUAUGAGAUUAAGCUCCAACAUAUCUGGAGUAUACAUCUGACAAAGUACAAGAGCAAACUGGAAUUUAGUUUAAUUUAAGUCUUUGGAUUGAGGCAAAGGUUUUGAAGGUUCUGAACAGAACAUUCUAAGGAGAAAUUUGCACACUCCCUUCAAUUUAUGUUUUAUGUAAUUGCUUUAUAGUGUUAUCUACUGGGAACUUCCAGAUCACAAACUGAUAGGGGACUCCAUUAUUUCUUGGACUUGGUCAAAAUAUCAUCCUCUUAUCUAAACCGCAGUGUCUGUAAGGUAAUUGUCUGCAGUCUCCUUGGGGCAAAAAGCUAAUGGUUGAAUGCAUGUCUUCUGAAGAGAAACUAGAAAACAUUAGCAGUAAAUAAGACUCUCCAUCAACUCAUAAACUCAGGAAAAUAAGGGUUGAGUGACCAAAGGGGGAAACUGAACCCGGAAAACCACACAAUACCCUGGAAACUGAACCUGUAAUCUAGUGGUAAAGUAAUUUUUAUUGUCUAUCUUUCUCUUGUGAGGAAAACAGAAAUAACUCUUAACAGCUCAAACUAUAGAACAACACUAUUACUUAAAAGCAGAUGACUCGUGAUGCCUGUCUUGCCUUAAAACUGCCUUAUAAAAAUUCAUGUGAUCGUGCUGUACUGUAGUGAUCUAGUUUAGUUAAGAAAGCCUGGAAAUGGUACAGAGUUCUCAUUCGGGGUUUAUGCAAUACAAGUAUUAUAAUGGCGUAUUCUGUCCAAAUUACAAAACUAUUUUUAACCAAAUAAAAAUAUUUUUAUUAUA